AUGAUGUGCUCACUGAUGCCCUCUGAGCAGUCUGCUGGUGCCUCUUUCUUACCUAAAAACAAUGCUCCAUUUUCUUGGAGCUCCUUGGAUGAGGAUGAAUUGGAUGAUUCCUUGCUCGAGUUCUCUGAUGGAGAAGAAGAUGACGGCCAUUUCAGUCUCACUGAGGAAGAGAUCGAGGAGCUUUUGAAAGAUGAUAGCUCAUCAAAUGAAGAAGAGAUUGAAGAGUUCUUGAAGAAUGAUGAGCCGUCAAAUGAGCAUGAGAAUGGAGAAAAAAGGAGUGAAAUUUUACUUGAAACUCCCCAAGAAAAAAAAUCAUUAUACAGCUUGAGACCAGCAGCUAAGACCCCCGGCCUCUUCAAACUACCUCAACUAAAUACAUCAGCUGGUCAUGAGCCAGUUCCUGCUAAACCAUUAAAUAGGCACCUUGUAUUAGAAAAGAAUCAUAUAAAAGUGACUGUUGUUGCACCAUUUGAUCCAACAGUUUGUGAUACUGUGCUUGAUAAGAGUAAGACUGAUUCAUCCAAAGAUACUGAAAAACCUCUUGGGGAAGAGAUGACAGAAGAUGAUCUUAGCCUAAAUGAGAGCACUGAAUCUGAAGGGAUCAGCACUAAUAUUUCUACCUGGGAUGGGACCUCUUCACCUUUGGACAGUAACUUUCAACAAACUAUCUCUGAUAAAAAUACACUUGACAGUAAGAAACCUAUACCUUUGACCUCCCAGAUCUCAUAUUCAAAGACUCCUUCCAGUACAGGAUCAUCCUGGAAAAAUAGUGGGUCACAUAAACUAAGUUGUGAAAUGAGGUCUCCAGUUGUUUCCAGUUCAUCAAAG